CCCUAGAGAGAUUGCACAAUAGUAGUAAAUUUGAAUUGACGUUUCGUACCUAUAGGGGAGGAAGGUCAAUAUGUCGAAAUUUCUGAACCGGAUUAAGGAGUUAGGAGGCAUCAAGGGAAUGGUUGACAAAGGAUGGAAGUACAAGGAGUUGCGUACGGGAACGUUGAUCGGCACUGAUGCCAAUGGCAACAGAUACUUCCAGGACAAGUCGUACAUCUUUGGUCGUAGCAGAUUUGCCGAUGUCAAGGCCAAAGAUCCCACCUCGAUUGCUCCAGAAUGGCACCGUUGGUUGCAUUACAUGACCGACGACCCGCCUUCACAGAGCCCCGUGUGGCAUCCCAAGUGGGAGAGUUCUCCCAAGAAAUGGGCCGCUGGGACUGGCUCCAAAAACGAGUACGUGCCCUUCCGCACCACAGCGAAGAAAGUGCACGAGUGGGAUCCUAAUGCCUCCACAUAGUCAGUAAAUCCUCUCUUCCCGUUGUGAUUGGACCACACCAUCAGUUAUCUUCGUCCUCCUCCUGGAUGAGCUUAAAGCCGCAAUGUACGUUUGCAGAUUCGCUUGGAGUUAAAGUGUCGCUAAUUUUGACAGUUCUUGUUCAAUUCUUCGUCGGAAAGUUUUUUAAAAUCAUAUAUAUAUAUAUAUAUAUAUUCUACUAAGGCGUGUAUAGUGAAUGCUGCGUAGCUGCGAAGUAUGAAUAUAUCCAGCAACCAAAUUUGGUCGGUUUCCG